AUGACGGACAUAAAGAUUGUCCCGCUUGGGGCUGGGCAGGACGUGGGUCGAUCGUGCAUUCUGGUGACCAUCGGCGGAAAGAAUGUGAUGCUUGAUUGCGGUAUGCACAUGGGUUAUCAGGAUGAACGCCGUUUCCCAGAUUUCUCAUACAUCGGUGGAGGAGGAAAGCUGAAUGAUUAUCUGACUUGCGUGAUUAUAUCUCACUUUCACCUCGAUCAUAUGUCGGCAAUCCACGUUUACCUCAUAUGA